CAAAGCGCAGCUGCUGGACUUGCAGCGGAAGGAAGCAGCAACUCAUCGGCCCGGGCAGCUGCUCUUUGCUUGCCUUUGCAACGCGGCCGGCCUCCGGUUCCUGCUGGACAUGGGCGAUGUGGCGGAUGCAAUCGCUCCGCCACCGGCUCUGGCUGCCUGGCUUGCAGCUCUGGGCGGCUGGACCUCUGUCGGCUUCCUGCCGCUGCAAAGCCGGCUUCUCGGAGCUUCGUAGCCCCGCGCCGCCGAGGGAUCAACGCUCCAUGGCCGGGUCUUCCCAGCACGCCUCUUGUAGAUAAGCACCUGGCAAACGGAGAAGGAAGGAAGACAGUUAUCUGCAUCGAGGGGAACAUUGCUAGUGGGAAAACAACCUGCCUGGAUUAUUUUGCUAAAAACACUGGCAUUGAGGUGUUGACCGAACCCGUAUCUAAAUGGAGGAAUGUCCGUGGCCACAACCCUCUGGGCUUAAUGUAUCAGGACGCAACCCGGUGGGGGAUGACAUUACAGACUUAUGUGCAGUUGACUAUGUUGGACCACCAUACAAAACCAAUGAUUUCUCCCAUAAGAAUGAUGGAGAGGUCAAUUCACAGCGCAAAGUACAUUUUUGUGGAGAACCUAUAUCGCAGUGGGAAAAUGCCAGAAGUAGAUUAUGUCAUCCUGACUGAAUGGUUUGACUGGAUCCUCAAGAAUAUGAACGUGUCAGUUGAUCUGAUAGUUUACCUACAGACCUCUCCUGGCAUGUGUUACCAGAGACUCAAGCGGAGGUGCAGGGAAGAGGAAAAGGUGAUUCCCAUGGAAUAUUUAGAAGCUAUUCAUCAGCUUUAUGAAGACUGGCUCAUUAAACAAACAUUGUUCAAAGUCCCUUCUCCGGUGCUUGUGAUGCAAGCUGACGAUGACCUGCAGGAAAUGAUGGAGAAAUACGAAGAGAAUCAGGACCAAAUCUUAAUGCUGGACAACACCCAACGGCGUCUGUAGAAUUAGGUGUCUUUAACUAUGGACAAGACUCUGUUGCCCAAAAGAACAAGUACACAGGUGGUGUAGCCUAAGCAGAGAGAGCAAGAGCUGUAGAUUUGGUUCCUUCAAGCAGCUUGAAUUAGUGGGCUUGGAAACUCGAAGGCGUUCUGAGCAGCUUUGCAGAAUGAUCCAAGGGCUUGGAAUUACGGAAUUGCUGAGAAGGUCCACCAUUUCCAUGCAGGACGAGCAACCCAGAGCCAGAUUGGAUUCUGCACUUUUCUCUGCCUCCCACCUUCAGCCUUUUUAUUGUUUUGGGACUGUACCUUUGAAAAGUAAAUGCAUACAUAUAAGAUGCGGCUAAUUCUUCUCUUUUGCAGCAGCCCUUCUCCUUUUUUCUUACGCUGCUAGGGAGACCUGAGAGACUCUCAAAGGAUGGAAAAAUAUGAAUUUAUUUUAUUUAUUUUUUAUUUUAUUAAAUUUUUAUACCGCCCUUCUCCCAAAGGACUCAGGGCGGUGUACAGCCAAAAUAAAACACAAUAUAUAUACAAUUAAAACCAAAAUUUAAAAUAGAGCAUAUUACAAAAAGGCCGAUAUUUAAAAUUUAUAAAUUUAAAAACCCCACAACAAUAAAAAACCCAGUUUAAAAUAUUAAAAACCAUUAUGCCAGUCCAGCUUGAAUAAAUAAGUGUGUUUUUAGCUCACGGCGAAAGGUCCGAAGAUCAGGCACUUGGCGUAGGCCAGGGGGAAGUUCAUUCCAGAGCGUCGAUGCUCCAACAGAGAAGGCCCUACUCCUGGGGGCCACCAGCCGACACUGUUUGGCGGACGGCACCCUGAGGAGACCUUCUCUGUGAGAGCGUACGGGUCGGUGGGAGGCAUAAGGUAACAGCAGGUGGUCUCGUAAGUACCCGGGUCCUAAGCCAUGGAGUGCUUUAAAGGUGGUGACCAAAAUCUUGAAGCGCACCCGAAAGACCACAGGAAGCCAGUGCAGACUACGCAGCAGUGGUGUUACAUGGGAGCCACGAGCGGCUCCCGUUACUACUCGCGCAGCCGCAUUCUGGAUUAACUGUAGCCUCCGGGUGCACCUCAAGGGCAGCCCCAUGUAGAGAGCAUUGCAAUAAUCCAACCGAGACGUGACCAGAGCGUGAGUGACCGUGCAUAAGGCAUCCCGGUCAAGGAAGGGAUGCAACUGGCGGACCAAGCGAACUUGGUAAAAGGCCCUCCUGGAGACAGCCGCCAGAUAUUCAUCAAAGGACAGCCGUCCAUCCAGGAGGACGCCCAAGUUGCGCACCACCUCCUUUGGGGCCACUAACUCGCCCCCAACAGUCAGCUGCGGGUGCAGCUGACUGUACCGGGGUGCCGGCAUCCACAGCCACUCCGUCUUGGAGGGAUUGAGCCUGAGUCCGUUUCUCCCCAUCCAGACCCGUACGACUUCCAGGCACCGGGACAGCACUUCGAUAGCUUCAUUGGGGUGGUCCGGGGUGGAAAAGUAUAGCUGAAUGUCGUCAGCGUACAGAUGAUAACUCACCCCAAAACCACUGAUGACCUCGCCCAGCGGCUUCGUAUAGAUGUUGAACAGGGUAGGCGAGAGAAUCGACCCCUGAGGCACCCCACAAGUGAGGCGCCUCGCGGCAAUGAAAUGCGUAGCUAUGACUUAAUUCCUUCUGCUGCCAACAGAUGCUGCUGUUUGGAGUGAGCAAAUAUACAGCUCAAAUGCAGUCACAUUUAAAUCGUAUUCCCCCCCCCCAAAAAAAAAAUUAAUGGAAGGGGACAAAGAAAACAACCAGCCAGGCUUAUUACUAGUACAUACUUAUUGCACUUGUGUUAAUAUUUUAAGUAUACUAAAAAGUGUAUACAAGAUGGAAGCAGCCCCCAAUCUUUCCGGCUCCGCGGACUGGCAGUCUUGGUGGUUGGCUGGCGGCAUAGUGUUGGCGGGUUCGGGGCGGGGGAGGAAUAAUUUUGUGCACACAAGCUAAUCCCGCACAUGCGCAAAGGGAGCUUUGUGUGCCCAUCCUCUAUUUGCCCCCCAAUGGGCUGCAGCACAAUACCUGUCCAUGACACUGCCCCAAUCCCUGGGGCUUAGGGAUCACUGCAGUACGGAAUACUCGAGUUAUUUUCCAUCCAUGAAUACAUAAAUUGUAUAAAUUAUAUGAAAUGGGUAAAGUCCAGCAAACGGAGAUGGACUGUAUUUUGUUGACACCCAAAGCUGGGUGGUUGUCAGAAUUCAUUCCAAGGGCCCACUUGGGAUAUCACCCCCACCCACUCUUGAGCAACAGGCAAGGUGUUGUGACCUAGGCCCAAGUAGUUAUUACCGGACACAAUCAGUCCUAAACAAACAUAUUUUAUUAGAAUGUCUGAGAAUUACUUCAUUCUCAGCUUAGUCCAAAUUAAGUCCAAAACAAAGUCCUUCAGAAAAAGUCCUUCGGCCUUAUCACAAACCUUUGUCUUCUUUGGCACCCUGCCAAAGGCUUUUCUUGGCAAGAACCCCACAAAGUUCAGAAACGGGAGACAAGCAACAAUUGCAUUGUUGCUUUCCUACAAAGAACCCAAGAUCCGUUGCUCCUCUUUUAAGCUUUAUGGGAGGGGCCAAUAGUCUCCUGGCCUUACUCCAGAGUCGUCCUUUUUGCUUUAGCUGCCCUUGCCUUCUGUGUGCACUAGGAACAGGCUCCUCCUGUUCCUCUGUCUCUGGAGGCUCCGGAGUCUGCUCAUCACUCCCAGAUGGCCCUGGCCCCAUCUCUGCCUCUGACGCAGAGCCCUCGUCCGGGCGUUCCCCUGACUCCAGGACUGGCCCUUCGUCCUCCCCAGCCUCCUUUUUAACUAUUUUACUUUUCCCUGCAAGUCAGUUCAUUUAGAAUUAUUUCUUUUAUAGAGUUUUGUAUUUGAUAUUAAGAGUCGGGUUCAAGGAACACUCAUGUCGGACCAGUGAUUUUAUGUGAGAGUAUAUAGUUAAAUGAUGGAGCACAGGCGUAACUUUUUGAUGUCUUUUACUGUUAACCUAGUUUGGCUUAAAAUGUCCUUAACUAAGAUGGAAAGUUUUGGGUCUGAAAUAGAAUGUGGGUUGGAAGGUACGUUUGCACUGAGAAGGUAAUUUUGCUCAACUUCUUACAAAAAAAGUAUACAAAUGGUUAUAUUAAAUGAAUGUAGAAUUUUCUAUUCGGCAUGUUUUAGAAACUUGGUUACAGUUUGCCAGAUGUGAUUCCAAGGUAUUUAUCAUUCCUUCAUUAAAAAUGCAUCAAAAAUGUGUUAUUGUCUCACAUUCUUAAUCCAAAUAAAGAGAACUGUCAACCUGUUCAUUCUCCCCGAGAUACAGAAUUCUAAGAUGGAAGAGUUGGUUAACAUCUUUUAUUUAAAUUGUAAUGUUAUCGGUAGAAAAUUAACUGCGAUUCAGCUAUUCUUUAAUUGAGCCGCACAGUGAUGUAAAGGAAAAUAUAAGCAUACAUUAAAAAUAUUUAAUAUAUUA